AUCGUCGCAUGCCUCGCUCGCUCGCCGGCGACCUCACGGACCCGGAGAUGGCGCAGCCCUACAUGAAGAAGGACGACGACGACUCCGACAUCGAGUACUCGCCAUUUUUCGGGAUUGAGAAGGGGGCUGUUCUGCAGGAGGCACGGGUGUUCAAUGAUCCUCAGCUUGAUGCCAGAAAAUGCUCGCAGGUCAUCACCAAGUUAUUGUAUUUACUUAAUCAAGGAGAGACAUUCACAAAGGUUGAGGCCACUGGAGUUUUCUUUGCAGUAACUAAGUUAUUCCAGUCCAAUGAUGCUGGUCUUAGGAGGCUGGUCUAUUUAAUGAUCAAAGAGCUUUCUCCAUCUUCAGAUGAGGUUUUCAUAGUCACAAGCUCAUUGAUGAAAGACAUGAACAGUAAGACAGAUAUGUACCGUGCCAAUGCUAUUCGAGUUCUCUGUAGAAUAAUUGAUGGCAACCUCCUUACUCAAAUCGAGAGAUACUUGAAGCAAGCUAUUGUAGACAGAAAUCCUGUGGUUGCUAGUGCUGCUCUUGUUAGUGGUAUUCACCUGUUUCAGGCAAAUCCAGAAAUUGUGAAAAGAUGGAGCAACGAAGUGCAGGAAGCUGUGCAAUCAAGAGCUGCACUUGUGCAAUUUCAUGGCCUUGCUCUUCUUCACCAGACCAGACAGAAUGACCGUUUGGCCAUUAGCAAGCUGGUUUCUAGUUUGACAAAGGGGUCUGUCCGCUCGCCCCUUGCACAAUGUCUUCUGAUUCGUUACACGAGCCAGGUAAUACGUGAGAGCAUGAACACACAAAAUGGUGAUCGCCCAUUUUUUGACUAUCUGGAAUCAUGCCUCAGACAUAAAUCAGAAAUGGUGAUUUUAGAGGCUGCACGGAAAAUAACAGAGAUGGACGUCACAAGUCGUGAAUUAGCACCAGCGAUUACUGUGUUACAGUUAUUUCUGAGCUCAUCCAAGCCUGUCCUUCGGUUUGCUGCUGUCCGUACACUCAAUAAGGUUGCUUUAACACGCCCUUUGGCUGUCACAAACUGCAAUGUUGACCUAGAAAGUCUAAUGUCAGACCAGAACAGGAGUAUAGCAACCCUGGCAAUCACUACACUUCUUAAAACUGGCAAUGAGUCAAGUGUUGAUCGCCUCAUGAAACAGAUUACCAGUUUCAUGUCUGACAUAGCAGAUGAAUUCAAGAUAGUUGUUGUUGAAGCUAUACGAUCUCUGUGCCUGAAGUUCCCACUGAAGCACCGUUCGAUGAUGAUUUUCUUGAGUAACAGUUUGAGAGAAGAAGGGGGCUUUGAGUAUAAGAAGGCCAUAGUUGAUUCUAUAGUUACACUGAUCAGUGCGAUACCAGACGCCAAAGAAAUGGGUCUUUUGCAUCUCUGCGAAUUCAUCGAAGACUGUGAAUUCACGUAUCUUUCUACUCAGAUAUUGCACUUUCUGGGAAAUGAAGGUCCAAGAACAUCAGAUCCAAGUAGAUUCAUACGCUACAUUUACAACCGUGUGAUAUUGGAAAAUUCCACCGUUCGUGCUAGUGCUGUUAGUACAUUGGCAAAGUUUGGUGCCUUAGUCGAUGAAUUGAAGCCUCGGAUAUUUGUUCUUCUGCGACGGUGCCUUUUUGACACUGAUGAUGAGGUCCGAGAUCGUGCUACACUUUAUCUCGAAACUCUGAGUGGUGAAGUUGCUGUAGGUAACUCUGAGAAGGAUGUGAAAGAAUUUCUAUUUGGAUCCUUUGAUGUGCCGCUUGCCAACUUGGCAGCAAGUCUAAGAACCUAUGAACCAUCCGAGGAGCCUUUUGAUAUAUCCUUAGUGUCAAGAGAAGCUAAGUCACAACCACUUCAGGAUAAAAAGGCCCAUGGAAAGAAGGCACCUGCUGGUGCUCCUGCCCUUGCACCUGUUUCAGCUGUUGACGCUUAUCAGAAGGUGCUCUCAUCCAUUGCUGAGUUCUCUGGGUUCGGAAGGCUCUUCAAGUCGUCUGAACCUGUGGAGCUGACCGAGGCAGAGACUGAAUAUGCUGUUAACGUGGUUAAGCACAUUUACGAAAGACAUGUUGUAUUGCAAUACAACUGUACCAACACUAUACCCGAACAAGUGCUAGAAGAUGUUACCGUCUAUGUUGAUGCUACGGAUGCUGAAGAUUUUUCAGAAGUUUGUUCAAAGCCUCUUAAAAGCUUGCCAUAUGAUUCACCUGGUCAAAUUUUUGUUGCUUUCGAAAAGCCAGAUCAUGUUCCUGCUACUGGGAAAUUUUCAAAUGUGCUGAAGUUCACUGUUAAGGAGGUUGACACAUCUUCAGGGGAAGUCGACGAAGAUGGUGUGGAGGAUGAAUACCAAAUAGAAGACCUUGACAUUGUUCCAGCUGAUUAUAUGUUGAGGGUUGCAGUCUCCAAUUUUAGAAAUGCCUGGGAAAAUAUGGACCCUGAAAGUGAACGUGUCGAUGAGUAUGGACUUGGUGCUAGAGAGAGCUUGGCUGAGGCCGUGAGUGCUGUCACUGGCAUCCUUGGCAUGCAACCGUGUGAGGGCACUGAGGUGGUACCAAGCAAUGCAAGAUCGCACAUUUGCUUGCUAUCUGGCGUAUUUAUCGGGGACAUGAAGGUUCUUGUCAGGUUAUCAUUUGGACUAAGCGGGCCCAAGGAAGUGGCGAUGAAGCUGGCGGUCAGGUCAGACGACCCUGAAGUCAGUGACAAGAUCCACGAAAUUGUUGCCAGCGGCUAAAGCGGAUCACCCAACCCCUACCAAACAAAACUUGUGUAGAGCUGGUAAAUAGUCUUCAGUUUCAUGUCAGAAAGAAAAUAGUCUCCAGUCUUGUAAGAAUAUAUAGAGUAUUGUACCUGUUGAUGCUUUGGUGUUUACAAAAUGCUCUUACUUCACUUACUUUGUGUUGCUUCCCAGAAAGUGUAUCUUGUACCCCGUGCGUUCACUCCACAGUUAACUUCUGAAGAUGCUUUGUCUCACUCUAAUAUAAAGCCAAUGAUAGAGUACAACAUUAUCUAUCUCAAGAA